UCUCUCGCUUCUUCUCGACAAGAUACUAUAGAUGACAGACCUGUUGUUCUACGCCGUCCCAGGAAUAUGCCUUCUUCUUUACGCAACAACAACGAUAAUUUGCCCGGGCAAGGGAGCCCAACAAAUUGGCGUCUUUUUUUCUACCAAUUCAAUGAAGACCAUAUUAAGCCUGAUCUCAUCUGGAACAUUCGGGUAAUUUGA